AUCAUCACCAACCGUCACGACCAACGAAACAACGACGGAUAAAUCAUGGGCAAUUUCAAGAAGGAAGCCAGUCGGCGGUAUGCCCCCCCCCCCUUCCCACUUCCGUCCUAUCAAACGAUCCGAUUGAGUACUAACCCAACCUCACCGUAGAAAGCGAGAGAAGCCCAUCGGUGAUGGCAUGUCCAACGUCAAACUCAAAGGCGAGAACUUCUACCGCGAUGCAAAGAAGGUGACCCGCCUAAACACCCUAAACGAAGGAAAACCAAUCCGCAACCGCAAUGGCGACAUAAUCAAGGCUGCUUCCUUCCAAUCUCGCGAGAUCCCGUCCGCGCGGGUCGAGCCGAACCGGAAAUGGUUCGGCAAUACUAGGGUAAUUUCGCAGUCGGCACUGACCAGCUUCCGGGAGGCGAUGGCGGUGAAGGCGGCGGAUCCGUAUCAGGUGUUGCUUAAGAGCAAUAAGUUGCCCAUGUCGUUGUUGAGGGAUGGAAUGGAGGAGCCAGGGAGGAAGGUGCAUAAGGCCAAAGUGCAUGUUGAGUCUCAGCCGUUCGCUGAGACUUUCGGGCCUAAAGCUCAGAGAAAGAGGGUUAAGUUGCAGGUUGCGGGGUUGGAGGAAUUGGUUGGGGAGAGUGAGUUGUUGGAGGUCAGGUAUAAGGAGAAGUUGGAGACUGAACUGUUGCUUUCUGGGAAGAGUGCUGAGGAGAAGGAGGAGGAGGGGUGGAUUCAGGAGGCGAGGGAGCCGAUUUUCUCGAAGGGGCAGAGUAAGAGGAUUUGGAAUGAGUUGUAUAAAGUGUGUUUUCUACUAGGUUGACGGAGUGGGUUGCUAAUGGUGGGCAGGUCAUUGAUUCUUCCGAUGUCGUGAUACAUGUUCUUGACGCCAGAGAUCCCUUAGGAACCCGCUGUCGCAGCGUGGAAAAGUACAUCAGAGAAGAGGCACCUCACAAACAUUUAAUAUUCGUCUUGAAUAAAUGUGAUCUAAUCCCUACCAGUGUUGCGGUAUGCUUAAUUUUUGCUUUCCUUUUUCUCCUUUCAUCACCUGUCCCUUUUUCGUCUCCCCCUCUCUCCCUCCUCUUCUCCUUCCCCUUUUCAUCUUUCUUAGUGGUCUCUACCGCCCCAUCGUUCAAGUCAGGGCGCCUUCAUGUCGAUCCCCUACUAUAGGGGAUUGGCGUAUCUUCUAUUGGAGGUGCGCGUUACGACCUUGGGAGAUCAAGCCCCUUCCCGUUCUCAUCCUGCCAACGUUUUGUUGGCGGGUUGUUUCGAUUUCUCCCGUUUUGGGUAGAGUCACUUGGGGUUGGUGCAGGUUUCGUAUUGAGUUGAGGAUCGAUUUUUUUUUUCGAUUUUUAAUGGAAAAAUUUUCGUUUUGAUUCUCUUAGUUAUGAUUCAGACAUUUUUUCGCCCUUUUUUUUUUGCUGCAUGUUGCUGGGUCGCGAUUCUCGCGAGUGUGGCGAGGCUAAUUUAGGUGAUGUACAGGCUUCAUGGGUUCGCCGGCUGUCAAAAGACUAUCCGACUCUUGCCUUCCAUGCCUCUAUCAAUAACUCGUUUGGGAAGGGUUCUUUAAUUCAACUUCUUCGCCAGUUUUCGGCUCUACAUUCGGAUAGGAAGCAAAUCUCUGUUGGUCUCAUUGGUUAUCCUAACACUGGGAAAUCCUCUGUGAUAAACACAUUGCGCAAGAAGAAGGUCUGCACAGUAGCACCUAUUCCCGGGGAGACAAAAGUAUGGCAGUACAUUACUCUUAUGCGCCGUAUCUUCCUGAUCGAUUGUCCUGGCAUCGUCCCCCCUUCAGCUGCAGACACCGAGACAGACAUUCUUCUCAGAGGAGUAGUAAGAGUAGAGAAUGUAUCCAAUCCGGAACAAUACAUCCCUGCCGUCUUGGAGAAGUGCAAGCGACAACACGUCGAGAGGACUUAUGAGAUUAAGAGUUGGACCGACUCUGUCUCGUUCUUGGAAUUGCUUGCUCGUAAGGGUGGAAGACUCCUUAAGGGCGGUGAGGCGGACAUGGACGGUGUGGCCAAGAUGGUCUUGAACGACUUUAUGAGGGGCAAAUUACCUUGGUUCACUGCCCCGCCGAAGGACGAAGAGGACGGGGAUAGCAAUGUUGGUGCCGAUAUUGCUGGUAGAGGGGGUAGGCUUGGUGAGAUGAGGAAGAAACGCACUGCCUCGGACAUGGAGGGCACUCCGGAUGGAGGUGAGAAGCAAGAAGACGGCGAGGAGGAAGCAGAAUGGGGCGGGAUUCAGGAUUCUGAAGACGAAGAUGGCGGGGAUGAAGAAAGUGAAGAUGAUGGUGGUGAUGAGACAGGCUCUGAUGGUGGUGCCACUCUUGUUGCUGAACAAGAUGCUGAAGAGGAGAGUGAGCUGGAGGAAGAGGUAGAGGAACCAAAAGCGGAGAUCAAGCCUCAACCAAGUUCACAGAAGCGCAGAAGGCGAAGGUAACUGUGAGGAAAGGCGUAAUAUCUGGCUAGGUCUAGCUUUUGUAUUGUACUGUAAAUAGAUUGCUAGCUGUGC